AUGCAGCCGAUGCAGCCGAACGGCAACAAUCCGUGGAACGGUGGUCGAGAUGACGUUUCGUUUGAAGUUCGUCGUCGGUUUAUAACAAAGCUAAUCGCGUUCUUUUUUGUAGGAUUCGGAACGAUUCGAAGAGGAUUCGGUUUCUUAUGACGGUUCAAUGGACGGAAACCAGCAGAACUGGCGCGGAUGGACAGACUGUCAAUCGAAUUGCGACGCCAUUCAGCCAGGUUUGCUUUCCUGUGUCGUUUUGUUGUAAUGCCGUUUGUUUAGGCCUCUCUUGCGUCGUCUACCAGUAUCACAAUGUGUCGGGCCGCUUCUCAUCGGCGUCAACAAGAACUGUGGUUCCGGGAGAUCCGAGUAAUCCGCUGAGCCAGCAUCCUAUGAUGACUCGGGGGGACAAUCCGUCCGGAACUCUUCUGACUCUCUCGGAAUUGUCCGCCAGAAUCUGCGCGGAGAAAUGGUCGUUCCAGCAGUUGGAAGAGAUGUACGCCCACAUCUGCACGACGCGAGCUGCUCAAAUGGCUGCUCCGCCUCCAGCAACAACCAUUCCUGAAAAGAUCUUCCUCUCGUUCAUCGUCCACUGUUUUCCCCAAUCUACCGAUGAAAUCCGCAUGUACAGGUUGAAAACUGCAGGCAUUUCUGCUUGAAGACACUUAUUAGAACGUUUUCAGUACUCUCGCGAACGGCUCGUCGGAGCAAUAUGAGUUCGGAAAGACGCUCUACGAAUGGGGAGGCGUGCGAGAAGUAUCGCAAACGGGAUUUCUGCUCAGUGGAGACGUCGGCGGUAUUUCAUCAGAAGCGCCGCUCAGUGAGCAUGAUAGUUACCACGUGACUGUCAAAGUGGACCGGUGCCGGAUCGUGGAGUGCACAUGCGAGUGCUCGAGUCGAUCCAGCUGGUGCAAGCACGUGGUCGCUCUCUGCAUCUAUCGAAUUUUCCAAAGAAGUCAGAUUAAGUUCAAGUAAGACAUCAGUUCGACCCAUCGACAAGUGACAUUCUUCAUUUCAGUGAAACGAUAGCAGAUGCCAUCAAUUCGAUGAGUGACUAUGACCUGCGCAGGCUCGUCCAAUGGCACAUCAAUGAGAUCCCUCGCAAGUGCAUUCCUGGCUUCCAAAAGCUCAUCGACCAGAUCAAAGAUCCCAAAUCGAUGAUCAAUAACUUGCACGGAGCUCCGGACCCUACUGACGGAGGGCAUGAUCCAGUAUCUCGCUACGACUUCCCGGAAAUCGAGAACAAAAUCCGCAGACUUCUAUGCCGGUACUGCAUUCCGACACCUGUGGUUCAUGCUGAUAUUGCCUAUCUCUCCUCUACUCACCAUCCCGCAAACACCGAAUGGGGAGCGUACAUGAAGCUGUUCCGGUGCAGAGAACCCGAAGGAAUGUGGAAUCUGCUGCAGAUGAUCCGCGAAAUGUUCGCGCGGAGUGACGAGAAUGCGGUGGCUCUUCUGCGCACAGUUACCGACGAAUGUCUGGCCAAUAAUCAAGUGCUUCUGUGGUGGUACAUCACGAAGUUGGUGCAAUCCGGUCACUGGCAUUUAAAUGAUUGCUUCAAAACUCCGAACACUCAGCACAUUCUCUCGCAACUCAAUUGUGCUCAGCUCUGCGAUGAGGUCGUCACUCUGUGGAAGCUCGUUGCGAUCAACCCUCGAGCUGGCAAAUUCUAUCGAGCACAGCUGGCCACUUACCUUCAGGACUAUCAUCGAACUGCUGUAAAUCGACUCAAGAACAUGAUAAGCAUGUCGCCACCGUUGGCAAACGAAGUGAAUCAGAAGGCAGAAGCCACGGUUCUCAGUAACCAUCAGACGGCGGAGAUACUCGAGACUCUGACCAAUGUGGACAUUCGAUAUCCGCUGUCGGCACAGAAUAUGAAGUUCACCCUGAACUGCUUCCCCGGAUUCUAUCCGGCCAUUCAAAUGUGUCAUUAUCUCAACGAACAGGAUAUACGCUUCGGCGUCAGAACCGAUGCGGUGUUCUAUGUUUCGGUAAAUAUUGUAGUCUCGUCAAUUCUAAUUCAUAUUUUUCUUUUCAGCCAAACCUGACCAACAGCUACAAAAUGGUUCCUCCCGCGAAAGAGAAACUUCUGAAGAAAAAGAAGAAGAAGAAGAAGAUGUUGCGGAGAGGUGAAGAAGAAGGUCGUAGAUUCGGAGGCCGCCGACAUCCGCCCAUGGACGAGUACCGUGGGAUGGAUGGUAUUUGGAGGGUUCUUCCGGACGAAAACAAUGAUCAUAUGGGAAUGAACGACAGCACGGAAUCCGGGCAAGAGAGUGAUGUGCAGAAGGCCCCGCAAACCGUGGAAGUUCCACGAAAAAGGAAGCUCGACGCGGUAGACCUGGAGGUGAAUGAAGUGCUCGCGGCGGCAUUCACGCCUCUUGACGCGAUGGAGUCGAGGUUUUUGCGAGUGGAAGCGUACGGAACACAUGGAUACCGUGCAGAAGCGGUCGAAUACGCACUCAAAGUGAUUGAAUAUCUGAUCGAUAGCCUAUUAGAACAGAGCAACGAUCUAAGGAGUUCGGAAAAGUUGGAGAGCACACCGAGCACUUCGAAAGCAUGCUCGUCAUCGUCGUCUGCUGAAUCUGAAGUCUCAGGGGCGGACCGGGAUGAGCUAGUGAACAGGUCUAAUCGGUUCAUUCUGACAAUCGAGAGGAUCCUGUACGUGACGAAAGUUCUCAAAGACAGUCCCCAUUUGCAACGAACUGUGUUCGAUGUUUCAAUGCGAACUCUGACAGUUGCAAAGUACCCAUUGUUCACCAAUUUUCAGCAAGUGUACUUGGCGUAUUUAGUAAGUUUUUAACACUUCAACGUUUUAUUCAAACUGAUUUGUUCAGGAAACUGAAUUCGUCGCCAUUCUGGACCAGCUCUGGCAAACCGUUCCGAUGAGUGAAGUACAAAUGGGGAAAAUACGGUCAAGAGCACAGGAAAUGGUCAAAACAGAAGCGGGCAGCAAUGGAGAGGUUCCCCCGGUCGCAUUCACAAAGUUCCUCUUCCUGGCCCUCUACUGGACAGAAUCGAACGCAAGUGCUCGCGGCGCACAGAAUGCUCCGGCGAAUACGGCGUCUCCGAUCCUCCAGCAGAACCGUAGACUUCUCCGGCCACAAGACGCCGAUCUCGCUCUCCAUCUGGGUCUCAAUUUGCUAGGUUGCCGUCCUACAAUUUCUGAUAAAUACAAAAUUCAUUGGGAAACAAUCCGUCGAGAAAAAAGUGAGCUAACGUCUAUGCUGCUCGUCCGAUAUAAGGAUUCGCUGGAGAAAUGCUCAUUGGUCAUUGAUCAGAUCCUGGAUCCUAAGCUUCAUCGGAUGUACCAGUGAGUCUUUCUGACUGGGUCUUCCAUUAUUGUUUUUUUUGCAGACAUCACCUCUCAAAUGCCGCUUAUUUCCUCGAGAGAUCGCCUGAGUACAAAAGACGGUUCAAACCAGGUCAACGGCCUGUAUUCCCGUACAAAGACGAGCAAGCAGAGGCAGAAAGCGAGAAAGUGGACUUGGGGGCCGACUACGAAGCACAAAUUGAAGCCCAGAUUGAAGCGGAAAUGCAGAGAAUGAAUCUUGCAGACGCAUUGUUCCAGCCUGCCGCUGUGUGAGUCAUGUUGUGUCAUACCUUCUCUCAUCCGAAGAUCUUUUCAGAAACCGUGGGCGGGAGUCUGACGAGGGAAUGCAGAGUUCAUCCUCCAGCGAAACUUCGAGCUCGACGGCUGCAUCGACAAGUCAAUCUUGCGAUUCGACUGAACCGAAUCAGGCCUAUAUGACUGGAUUCACCAAGGACAACAGAGCAACACUCAGUUCUCAGCGUAGAAAUCACAAUGGAUCGUUUUUUGUACGGAGGCCGAGGUGAGAAUCUAAAGAUACACUCUAAAGAAAGUUUUAAAUUUUGCAUUUUUAGAAAACGGUUGGUAAUGACGGGGGAUUCUCGAUACGUCGUCACUGACGCGGAUGUAUUCCACAUGCAAGAACUUUCGCGAAAAAUUCUAUUCGAAGCGGGAGGCCAACAGAGUGCAAUAAUGUGGGGUAACCCCAUUGCGGGCGGCAUCAACCGGAGACUUCAUCUCUGCUCAAUCGCCAUCGGAAUGUAUUCGCUUGGAAUGAGUAACCGUAUCUCUCCCUCCUGGAAUACUAGGACCUACAGUAGCAUUGCCAGCUGGAUAACCAGUCAAAUUCACGAAGUCGGACCACAGGCGAUCGAGAUGAUUCGAGAAAUCUGGAUGGCUCAUUUCACUCCGAACGAAAUUGCUGUUAUUGCGGAUAAGGCCACUCCUUCAUCAGAACCGACAAUGAAAAAAGAGGCCGCCAAACUCGCGUUGUCCGUUCUUCGAUUCGCCCAUGCUCUCACUGAUGACGAAGUGAUCAAUGCGCUGAGGAAGUGCAAGAUGGACGGAAAGGAAACUCUGGUUGCCGGCCUCCUUGCGAUGGACACUCCACAAUUCCGUCAAAUCGGCAGAGCUCGUACUCUUUUCACAGCGAUGCAAUACUGGUACGAAAUGAGCUGCGAAGAAGAUGCACGGAAUCAGCCGCCCGCAGGAAUGGUUGUAAAUCCGUACGCGGUAAGGAUUCACAUUCCCUGUUGUUCUGUAUAAAUCAGUUUUCAGAACGUUGUCCAGAUGAUGCAACAACAGCAACAACAACAGCAGCAGCAACAGCAACCACAACAGCCACAGCAACGCAAUCCGUAUUACAAUCCGCAGCAGGGACAGGCACAAGCUGCGAACCCACUUCCACAGGCCGCCCUUCUCUAUCCGCAAGCGUACGAACACCAUGAUGCGUCCCCUGCCAAUGCCUCGUCCAGUUACAGGAAUGAUGUCUCUCGCAUGCAUCAGAGUCACUCAGCUCCCCAGCUAGGAGGCGCACCGGGAGAGGCGGGUCUGGCGGAGCACCAAGCGGGUCAGAUGCCUGGUUCUGGCCAUCAAAAUCUUCCGAGACCUUCUCCUACGAACGCGCUUUCAAAUGCAUAUCACUAUGGAAUGCGAGCGAUGGACUGCAUGGCCACGUCGCCAGGGGAGGAGAGACAGAUGUAUCUGAAGUUCGGACCUGUUAGUCAAUCACACUCCAAAUCUUUUCAUAAUUGAAAGUUUCAGAACCCACCGUAUCACGAUGACCUGCAUUGUCUGUACACCAUUGCUAAACAGCUGGGAAACCAGUAUCUCCUCAACUUCUUCACAAACGCCGCCCGUUCUGUGCUCUCGCCAUACGUUCUCCACCAGUAUGCGACCGAAAGUAUCCAGUAAUUGAAUUUUUUUCGAAGUUGCAAAUAGAUUUAUCAGUUUAAGGCUUUUUCCCUUCCCGAUAUACAACCAGAAUAGGCAGCCGACGACUCGAGGACUAAGUGGUCCAGUGCCACUAAUGGCUCAGAAUCUGAUGCCGAUGCACGCCCAACCUGCGUCGAACAUCCGUUAUCCAAAUGUGAAGUUUUCGAUGCCUGGGCAGAUAACGGGUCUGUUUAUAACUCAUGGAUACCAACAAGUGACGGGAGAACUGUUCGAGAGAUGCUGCGAGCAAUACUUGCAGGCGAUCAUCAACAAGAUGAGCAGUCCUCGGGCGAGCGACAGUGCCGAUGUUCGUGCUCUUUCUAGAUGCCUCCAUAAUAACAUUUAUCAUUUUUAGUUCAACAAUCAACUGGCUUCUUUCGUUCGCGGAGCACAUGACGCCUUCAAAUGGAUUCCCAGUCUCAAUCGCCAACUGUUCGACGAUUUCGUCCGUACUUUCAAACAGCAGAGAUCCUACAAGAAGGAGUGUGCAAACGCCCUUAAUCCGCUUCUCAUUCAACUGUGUGGCUGA